UGCACAAUUUUACUUACCGAAUGAAUUUCACAUUUCGACCGAUAAGGAAUGUUUAUAGCGCCAGUUACAACGAUGUUGGCCACGUUUCUGCUAGUGUGUCUGACGGCGGGGGCGCAAGGUGCGCGGGAGGCGGAGAACAUGACUGCAGGGGUCCUGGUAGAGGAGCAGCGGGCAACGGGGCCCCAGCCACAGAGGGUACAGGAGCCAAAAAGGCAGUCGACAAUAGUUGCGCCAAUAGUGGAUUCUGACGUACAGGCUCCGACCACGGGGGUCUCCAAGACCCCAGGAGUAGAACCGGCGCCUAAGAACGAGUUGAUGUUCGGUUGGAGCCCUAUAGCGGUGCCAGGCGGGCUAGAGGUGGCGGUAGUGACUGUGACGAGCGACGGAUUGCCGGUUAAUUCGCCACUGCUGCCGCCGGAGCUGGCUGCGCUGAUGCCGCAACCUGAACACGAAGACUACCAGUUCCAGCUCAUACAACCGCGCCGCAAAUACCACCGCUUGAGGUCACAUAAGGUUGCUAGCGAGGGUCCCCCGCAGCCUCCUACCCCCGUAGACCAUGUGGCUGCAGUCCACAGGACGCUGAACGUCACCGCCUCCAACACCACGACAACUUAUAACGCUGUCACCCACAAGAGACACACGCUAGAGAGGUUCAUGAGGUUCAUCAGCAAGAACCGCGAACUGCUCAAGCAUUUGAUGCAGAGCCAUCACAUGCAGCAGAGCGCCCCGGGGGCGGCGGUGGUGCGGGGAGGAGUGCGAGGAGGGUUUGCCCCGGGGGUGCUUGUGGCCGCGGCCAUCGGCGGGCUGAGAGGCCACAGGAGACGCGGCCGCGGGCGGAGUCGUAAUGAGUUGCGCCACGGCAGGUUCCGCGCCAGCUCUGACGAGUCCUCGUCAGAGGAGCAGCAGAUUGAAGGGCACCCUGUCGUGAAGCCGUUGGACGCCAAGCAGCUGGACAUGGCUCCAGCGCGCGGGACUCGCGUCGCCAACAUGCGGCUACGAGGUCGGAUCUGUGAUCGCAGCGUGCUGAACCCGGAGGGGCCGAAGUACAACAGCCAGGGGCGUAUUUACAAGAUGGGGACCGGCUCCAAUGAGAUGGCUCACUUCUCCAAAACGAAGGCUCCUUCCUUCCUGAUACCUAUCUGCUGUAACUGCUGCUCCAAGUCGGUGCUCGGCUGCGAGUGACGCCGCACCACUCAGCACCAUUUCUACCUCAUCAGCUCCCCAGAGUGGCUCUUAAAGCGUCCCUUAAUAUUUUGUCUUAUUACUCCUAAGUA